GGUAGGUAGAUGAAAGACAGCAGUUGGAGUGAUGCCAAUGUUUAAUGCGACUGUCGGUUUGUUCUCAUUAAACGUCUUGGAUAGUUGUGUGUAAAGAACAAAUAUGGAUUUCUUUAUUUUUAAUUUACUUCUGCUGCUGUUUACAUAUCAAUUCCAGGGUGUGUUAGCAGAGCAUCACAGACGAGACGAUGAUGAUGGUUAUGACGACAGCAAAGAUGAUCAGAAUGACCUGAGUGAUCACUGUAUACAUAUUCGGAUCGACCAUGACACCAGAUACACGGACUAUUUGAUCUGUCCGUUCGGCUGCUGUGGAACUCUCGACGACCAGAAAUGUUGCGAGGAUCCAGAGAAGGCAAAGCAGCAGGAGGGACAUGGAAAUGUGCACCUAGUCCGCGGAUUGUUGAUCUUCGCCGGAGUAAUGCUUGUUGUCGCCCUGUCCUGUUGUGUGUUUGGCAUCUACAAACACAAGAAAGCUAAGCUGAGGAAGACUGCACCAGGAGGCAGCACUGAAACUAGAAGAAGAACGCCUAUCGAGAGAACUGCCCCGUACGCAGUCUUCUACACACCAAUAAGUGGUAUGAGACCCGGGGAUGACUCAAAGGACCGACCUAAGCCCCACAACAAACCAGAGCGGACUGCACCCACCAGUGACAGGACUUCUCCUCCUAGAUACACAGUAAAGGCUGACAUGGAUCCCGAACUUCCGCCUUAUCCAAGUCAAGGCCCGCCGCCCCCGUAUUCGUUCGGCUUGGUGUCCGCUGCACCCCCGUCCACUGAACUUCGUAUCGACAAUUAACAUAGAGAUACAAGUGCUCUUAUGUAUUUGCUUCUUGUCCUGAUUAUUUCUAAACUAUUAAUGCAACUGUGUGGUUUCAGAUGAAUUUGUGUCUACCUAUGAGACUAUAGCUAAAUUUGACUCAGAAUGGCUUGUUGACACUGUAUAUAGCAGUUGCUGGCGACUGUCAAAUAUACCCAGGUUUUCUGUUAAGAUAAGAGGACUGCAAUAUUGUUUCAGAUGAUAAAUUAUGCAUUUUUUUUUAAAAAAAACUACUUAACAAAAUGUAUGUGUAAAGCUUUUUUGUCUAUCGUUUCAGCUUCUUUGAUACAUUUCUUUAAAAAACAAUGAAAAACA